GGAGCUCGGAGCUCGGAGCUCGGAGCCCAGAGCCCAGAGUCUGACGCAACAUGCUGAGAGAGUUGGCCACACACAGGUAGUGCCAGCAGAGGUAGUGGGCGUGCUCCGUAAGCGUUCGCACCACACUUGGCAAGAUCGGCAAGUUGGACCGCCUCCCCGUCAGGAAGGGGCGAGACAACAAUUUGUUUGGUUUCGAGAGAGCAGGCAUAUCCCCAUAACCCCUCACUCCUCGUGUCUAUCCCAAUUUAACAUCGGACUUGUCCGAUCCGAGGGCGGAGGAACUCCCGCUCCUCGUCUGGUCUUCUUCCGGUUUUAAGUUGCACGGCAGGGCGCCAGGGCGUGUCCAAGGGAGGCAACCUACAGAGGAGUACAUUGUCUAGUCACCGAUCCUAUACCGUGAGGAUUUUUACAGGGAGGACCAGUUGGAGAGAAGGCAGGUUCGACUUAAUGAGGCAUACCGCGGCAUUCGUGUGGCUGGCUUGCGCUUGCGGCCUGGAGCAGCGCUUCUCGGCGGCAGCAGCAGCAGCAGCAGCAGCAGCAGCAGCAGCAGCAGGCUCAUCAGGCAGCACGAACACCCACAACCAAGAAGGGGUGCCCUUGGCGCAGAGAGUGUCAGCUACUCCGACGACCGAACGGGGGCCUUUAGGCCUCAGCUUGAAAGGAAAUGCGGGAGUAUCCGCAUCGAGAACACCCGGUGUUAUAACGCAUCGAAACACGGGCGCUGCGGAGGGUGAAGGUGAAGAAUCUCAUGUUGGGGAGGGAAAGGGGGAGGGUAGGGGAGAGGGGGACAACAACGCGCCUGAGCUACAUGGGUCACUGGAGGAAACGCAACAAGAUCCGGUACUUCCUGAGGAGGAGGAGGAGGAGGCGGAGGAGGGUAGCGGUCCUAUUGCAGAGAUAGAGGGGAUGGACGAGCACUGGACGCAGCACGCUUCUGUGGCGCAGCCACCUGGUGCAGUGUUGGAAAACGCCCGCUCAGUGUACUCGGAGAUCUCCACCGAAAUUCUGACGAGGUGGGGUUACAAGUACGCCAACACGCCACUGUUCUCCGGAGGGAUGAAGUUCUCGGACGGGGGCAAGGUCGUAGAGAACAAGAUGCUCAACGCUGUUGUUGAGCAAGAGGGCUUCCUCGCGGCCUUCACAGGCGAGGAACGCCGACUAUCGGACUGCCAUUUUUUUGUCACAGGAGUCUCCACAACAGCCGGGCACGACUGCCUAUUCGAGCAGAGCUACCCCGUUCUGCUCAACGAAACGUUCGGCAGGCUUAUGGCCGCGACGGGCGUGAAGUUCGAGGCGAUCAACGUGGCCAUGGGGAACACGCGCGUGGCACCCUAUAGCUACUGCGUGGAAGCACACGCGGGUCUUGAGGCGGACCUCAUAUCGUGGGAUAUGACAUUGAUGGUCGUUAGCAACGAGUGCGGGAAGGCCGCCGCGGGCAUCGAACUGUUUCUCAGAAGCGCCACCGUCCUUCCCAAACGUCCGGUCGUGCUCCUGAUGGAUGCAACGCCCAACCAGAUGUCGCCUAGGUCCCUUGUUCCCGAGAUCACGUGCGGGGACGAAAUGUUUGCGCACGAACGCCUCUUCAACGUCACGGAGAAGGACUUUCCGCGCCCCGUGGGCUGGCACGCGGGACCUACCGGGCACCUACUUGUCGCCGAUAUGCUCUUCAUGGCGUACGCCGAGGUGUUCCUGCGCGCGCUCGAGCGGCUGAACGGGGUCAAGCCAGGCAUCACGGCCGCCGGCCUACGACAGCUAGACGCUCUCUCUGCCAAUGGCAGGCUGAAGCUCAGGGAGUCCCUCGGUUUGGGUGGUGGGGGCGCGACCGAUAUCCCUCCUGAUCCUCAUGGAGAAGCGACCGCCGCAGACAGCCGAAGCGACAGCAACAACUAUCCUGCUUUCAUGGGCGGAGGGCGGGGGGACAUCCUCCCCCCUCCGUCGUGGUGCAAAGACUAUAGGUUUUGCCAAGGGGCCGGCAGCUACAGGUGUGCCAACACGUACUCCCCGCUGGCGGGCAAGAACGGGUCGAGACUGUUGGACAUGGUGUCGGAGAACACCCCGGUGGUUCUGAACCGGAACAGAUCGGAGUACUUCGUGGAGCCCUCCCAAGGGCACUGGGCGGUAACGCUCAACGAGGAAGCGCAGAGCAUCAAGGACUACCUGAAAGUUUCGCCGCCGAGGGGUUUUCACCACCCGAUCGAUCACAAGUGGGUUCUCGUCGGUGAUGCGGCGGCGGGGCCCAUCGAGUUCGAGUUCGAGACUCUCGGGAUCCCUCCGGCGGGGAGACAUAGGCAACGGCGAGUAGAGGUGGAAGAAGGAGAAGAACAAGAGGAUGCUCACACGUUUAGAAGUAGUGCCAGGCGGGAAGAACCCGCGUCGGAGAGUCCCGGCACAAACGAAGAGUUUAGCAAUAGCGCCGGCGUUGACGCCACAAAGACGAGGCCGUCGGAGGACGUCACGGACUUCGACUCGCGGGUGACGGUCUGCAAGCCGGACUUCAUCGACCGCGUCCAGUUCAACGAAACCUCGGGGGUCAGGUUCAGCGUCGAUGGGAUCCAAGUGGAAACUACUGUGGAGCUGGUCCAAGUCGGCCUUCACGCGCAAUCCUGUGCUCUUCUAGAUGUGGCAGUGGGGGUAGGCCGUCACACUGUGAAGGUGGAACCGCUCAAGGAAGGGGAACCCUAUGUGGCGAUCUCCCAUCUUUUGUAUCCAGCGUGACCCGAAGCCGGAGGGCUGUACACCCUACAGUGACCCCAAGGACGCCUCACUA